CGGCCGGGCGUCUGCGGCGCUGGCCACCCCCAAGCUGAGCCCGGGCAGGACGGCGCUCCUGGCGGCCGCGCACCGAAACAGACGUGCGGGCGCCGCGGCGGGAAGCCAGCGCGCGAGCUGGGGGCCAUGGAGAAAGCGCGGCCGCUGUGGGCCAACCCGCUGCAGUUCGUGUUCGCCUGCAUCUCGUACGCCGUGGGCCUGGGCAAUGUGUGGCGCUUCCCCUACCUGUGCCAGAUGUACGGCGGAGGGAGUUUCCUGGUGCCCUACCUCGUCAUGCUCGUCGUGGAGGGAAUGCCACUCCUGUACCUGGAACUGGCGGUCGGACAGCGCAUGCGCCAGGGCAGCAUCGGCGCCUGGCGGAGCAUCAGCCCCUACCUGAGCGGUGUCGGCGUCGCCAGCGUGGUGGUCUCCUUCUUCCUGUCCAUGUACUACAACGUCAUCAACGCCUGGGCCUUCUGGUACCUGUUCCACUCCUUCCAGGACCCCCUGCCGUGGUCUCGCUGCCCGCUGAACGGCAACCACACGGGCUACGACGAGGAGUGUGAGCUGGCCUCGUCGACGCAGUACUUCUGGUACCGGAAGACCCUCAACAUCUCGCCGUCCAUCCAGGAGAGCGGCAGCGUGCAGUGGGAGCCGGCGCUGUGCCUCGUGCUGGCCUGGCUCAUGGUGUACCUGUGCAUCCUGCGGGGCACCGCGUCCACCGGCAAGGUGGUGUAUUUCACGGCGUCGCUGCCCUACUGCGUGCUCAUCAUCUACCUCGUCAGGGGCCUCACGCUCCACGGAGCCACCAACGGCCUGGCGUACAUGUUCACCCCCAAGGUGGAGCAGCUGGCCAACCCCAAGGCCUGGAUCAACGCGGCCACCCAGAUCUUCUUCUCGCUCGGCCUGGGGUUCGGCAGCCUGAUCGCCUUCGCCAGCUACAACGAGCCCUCCAGCAACUGCCAGAGGCACGCGGUCGUGGUGUCGCUCAUCAACAGCGCCACCUCCAUAUUCGCCAGCGUGGUCACCUUCUCCAUCUACGGCUUCAAGGCCACCUUCAACUACGAGAGCUGCUUGAACAAGGUGAUUCUGCUGCUGACCAAUGCUUUCGACCUGGAAGACGGCUUCCUGACAGCCAGCAACCUGGAACAGGUGAAGGGCUACCUGGCGUCCACCUACCCCAGCCAGUACAACGAGGUGUUCCCGCAGAUUAAAAACUGCAGCCUGGAGGCGGAGCUGGACACGGCGGUCCAGGGCACGGGCCUGGCUUUCAUCGUCUACACGGAGGCCAUCAAGAACAUGGAGGUGUCCCAGCUGUGGUCGGUGCUGUACUUCUUCAUGCUGCUCAUGCUGGGCAUCGGGAGCAUGCUGGGCAACACGGCCGCCAUCCUCACCCCGCUGACCGACAGCAAGGCCAUCUCCCGCCGCCUGCCCAAGGAGGCCAUCUCAGGUCUGCUGUGCCUGGUCAGCUGCGUCCUCGGCAUGGUGUUCACCACGGAGGCCGGCAACUACUGGUUCGACAUCUUCAACGACUACGCGGCCACGCUGUCCCUGCUGCUCAUCGUCCUGGUGGAGAUCGGGGCCGUGUGCUACGUGUACGGGCUGAGGAGAUUUGCAAGUGACCUGCAGGCCAUGACCGGCCGCCCUCUGAACUGGUACUGGAAGGUCAUGUGGGCCGGCGUGAGCCCGCUGAUCAUCAUCAGCCUCCUGCUCUUCUACCUGAGCGACUACAUCCUCACGGGGACCCUGCGGUACCAAGCCUGGGACGCCUCCCAGGGCCAGCUCGUGAUCAAGGACUACCCCACGUACGCGCUGGCGGUCAUCGGGCUGCUGGUGGCCUCCUCCACCAUGUGCAUCCCCCUGGUGGCCCUGGCGGCCUUCAUCCUGCGCUGUCUCAAGCGGGGAGAGGGCACGGCCUCCGAGGUCUGAGAGCCGGGCGCCCCCCCAGAGGAGGCCUCGUCCAGGGCUCGUCUCCCAGCUGCUCUUUCCGGAUGGCUCCACCUCGGCUGCUGUUGCAAGUGUCGGCUUCGGAAGCUCCCGGCCCUCCUCUUCCGGAGCCCGGAAGGAAGAGUCUGGAAGUGCAGAGGAAGGAGGUGCCCCCUGGGAACCCGCACCCUGUCCCCGCAGCGGCCGCUCCGGCCGGACCGUUGCUCCCUCGGUUCUAGGAGCAUCCUGGAAGUAGAGCACCGUGAGCUGCAACGUGACUGUGACUUUUAUGGGACAAAGUGUAAGCCGUGGUUUCCCCCAAAGAGGUCCCCAAACACCUGAGGGCCACCAUCUCUACACCAGUCUGAAAAGGAGUCUUCUAAGUGCCUGGGAGGACGGAUCCGAACGUCACCAGCGCAGACUCGGUCCUCUCCGCCGCAGUGACGGUGCAUUUGCUGCGCCCGCCUUCGCCAACAAGCCUGACUGCCCGUAAACAAGGCCUUGGUUGGGGACUCACAAAAUUGGAAUUUCUGCAAGCGGAGGUCCCUCACGGCAGGUCCAGGAGCAGUCCUCUCGACAUGACGUGCCCCAACUCCAGUGCCAGCGCUGCUGGGACGGCGGGAGUCCACCUGACGCCGUGGUAUUGGGGUGCGACGGCCAGGAAAGACCAAGAACACUACUUACAAUCCAUUUAAAGUUAUUUAUCUGUAUAUAAGUUUUCUAAAAUGUAUAUAACUCAGAGCAUCUUGUAACUGAAGACACCAUAUUUAUGAUAAAGUUUUGGUCCACCA